AUGUCAAAACGUGAGUACUGGACAGACGCAGUUUCCAGGGCCUACUACAAGUAUGCAACAGUCGAUGAGGUAUCACUUAUCAGGUUCUUGGCGGACCGUAUCGUGCCUGCAACGGCGGAUCUGCGCUACGCUACUCUCUCUGAGGCAGGUCGUCGUAAUGUGGAAACGUAUUUCUCGGAAGUCGCACCCAAGGUAUACGACGACUGCAGCCUAUACGUGCACGCUUGGUACAAGCAAGUGCACGCAUUCAAGACUGAAGACCUGGCGAAGCUCAAUAACGUGAAACGGAGAAACUCAGUCGUUACGCGAGAUUGGCAAGCAGGUGGAGUUGUGAGGCAAGAGUAG